AUGAAGGCUCUGUACACUGCGUUUAUUCACGAGUAUUUGAUGAUGGGUCACAUGAUAGAGAUAAAAGACGACGAAGAUGAGCCGAGGCAUACCUUUUACACGCCCCAUCACGCAGUUAUGAAACCCGAUAGCACUACGACGAAGCUUAGGGUAGUGUUUGACGCGUCGUGUGCCACAGAUUCAGGAGUUUCAUUGAACGAUGCGUUGAUGGUGGGUCUGGUGGUACAAAGGAAAUUGCUAAGUAUUCUGAUCUACUUCCGACUCCACAAGUACGCGAUCGUUGGCGAUGUUGAAAAAAUGUACAGCAUGAUCAACGUCAUCCUACAAGAUCAACCACUUCUGAGGAUUCUCUGGCGAGAGUCCGUUGAUGAGCCGCUGCGUACGUACCAAUUGACUACGGUAACCUACGGCACGUCGUCUGCGCCAUACCUAGCGACCAGAUGCUUGAAGAAGUGUGCUGAAGAAGGAGAGAAUACUCAUCCAGAUACAGCUAAUGUCAUCAAUAACAACUUCUACGUUGACGAUAUGCUGACUGGAGCACAUUCUACUCCUCCACGGAGGACCGCAACUGAUGCUCUCAUGAAUGAAGGAAAGAUUUUGGCCGCUCUAUGGAAGAAACCUGGCAAGGAGAAUAAUCCACGAAUGCGUAUUCUGCUUCAAAGCACGGCCACGAGUUCAUGA